CUAGAGUUGUUUUGUUCUGAAUAGCCGGUCGAGUCCCGGAGUCGACACUAGACGACGAGGCCAAUUCCUCGGCAAACAACGAAAUGACGACGAGUGCAGCACUCCUGGCGGGCCUUUUUCUCGCAGUCGGGCUCACUGCCUCGGCCGACGAUGCAUUCGUUGAGAGGCAGACCACGGAAGGCAUGGUUCGCGGCAACGUGCUACGUGUCCUGGGCAAGGCCGUCGAAGAGUACCGCGGCAUUCCGUUCGCCGAGCCGCCUGUGGGAAAGCUCCGGUUUCGGCCUCCCCUUCCCAAACGACCUUGGGAGGGUACCGUGGAUGCAACCGCUGGAAAUACAGCCUGUCCUCAGGUGCUGGUAGGAGGAAUCACCCUAGGCAACCUGAACUUCACAGAAGACUGCCUCCAGCUGAACGUAUGGGUCCCAGAGGUUGCGACUACUCCGGCUCGCGUCGGCCUGUACUUGUGUGGAUCCACGGAGGAGCAUUCACCUUAGGCAGCGCGAAUGUGGCGAAUUGUAGCGGAGUCUUGCUCGCCGCGCUGGGCGAUGUAGUGGUCGUCUCCAUGAAUUACCGUCUUGGCAUCCUCGGCUUCAUGAACGCGAACUCUCCUGAGGCGCCAGGCAAUGUUGGCCUCCUGGAUCAGAACAUGGCUCUGAAGUGGGUGCAGCGGAACAUCGGACAUU